CUGGAGCCAGAAGUAAUGCAUUCAAUGCAAGCGCGGAGACAGGAUUUUUUUCAAGGGCGGGCCAAACAGUCCAUCGAAUUUAUUCGGGGUCGCCAGAUUAUAAGAGCCGCUAAGCCAGUUAAAAGGCGUUCUCGAGUGGGACCCCCCAGCUUCGCAGCGAACGGCCAACGAUUAACCAGAGGAUAUGGUUCUUGCUCGCUACUUCCUGAAUCCACAACCAUACCAACCCUCUGCAGCAAUCGAGACAGAGAGAAAGAGAUGGCUGCAUCAGCGUCCAUGUGCACCCUUCUUCCCACAAGGCUUUCUGGUCGUCCCACCCGUCAAUCGUUCUUCCAUUCCACCACCCAUCAGAGACCUCACAAGCCCAAUUACCGUUUGAGAGUCGAAGCUGCCAAGCUUCCUGCCGGUGUGGAAUUACCGAAGGAGAAGCCCAAACUGACAUCCCCAGUAUUUGGAUUCACAAGGACAGCAGAGAUCUGGAACUCUAGGGCUUGCAUGAUAGGCCUUAUUGGGACCUUCAUUGUUGAACUGAUUCUCAAUAAAGGUAUAUUGGAGGUCAUUGGAGUCGAUGUGGGUAAAGGACUCGAUCUUCCACUAUGAAGCCGUCUUCCUUGCUGAUGUGCCUCAGGUCUUGUAAUUUAAGUUGCAAUUAUUUUAUACCCCAUAUGAAAUGCUUGCCAUGUACCGCACGUAAACUGUAACAACACAUCUACAUGAUUUCUUAUAAAUUGUACCAAAUUUCUUGAAUCAAACGGCAAGAAUCCAGUAAGGUGGGUAUAUUAUGACACAGUGGCAUCUUGUCCAGGAGUAUGUAAGAUUCUGCAAUCCAUUGCUCUUCCUGCUUGGCUCUCCAAAAUAGAAUAAUAAUGAAUCGCAGAUGCCAUGGCUAUACUUUGUCAUAUUGUUCAAGUACUGAUUCUUGUCAAACAUAUUAUUUUGUGAUUAAUGCAUGGAUAAUGUUUCAAGGCA